AGUGUGUGAUUUGUGGUGCGUAGUGAGUUUCGGUCUUGAAGUGAAAAGAAAAACGAAAUCGUGCGAAUAGCAUCCGAAAGCAAACACCACUCGAACCAUCUAGACGAGUUUGAAUGGUGCAAGCAGCAGAAUAGUUUUCCAGUGUGUACUUGGAUUAGCGGACCCCAGUAAAAUCAAGACAUCACAUCGAGCGGUAACCGUACCGGAUGUUUAUUCUUGAAGCCCUGCCAUUUGGAAAUAUCUGAGAGGCGAGAGUAAAGGCGGUGAUUAAACGCAUAAUCUAAACGACCGGAAGCACAUUCCCCAAUUGUGCUGAAUUGCAGUUUGCAUAUUUGAAGUGGAGAACGACGAACAGCAACACACACCCCACCACCACCCGCGUAAGGAAUGUGUUGCGUAUGCACAUAGGGUUCCGCGACAAAAACCGGGGGUAGAGAAAAAAACAAUAAACAGCAACAAGGGAAGCCGAUAUACCAGAAAAAAAAUCAACAACACAACGCAUUACUAAUCCCCCCCAUUUAGCACUGUAAGUGUGCUCGUGUGUGUGUGAGUCCGCGGUUUCUCGCGAGAAUCAGUUUCGGCGUUUCGUGUAUGGGUAUUCUUCAGUGCGCCGAAUCGAGCGAAGUGCAGCCAUUGAUGCCGGAGAAGCAACGCAAAUAAAGCAGCAGCAGCAGCAGCACUGAAAGUUGCGUUUUGCGUGACAGUCUUCGGUUGUACGAGCCUUCGGUCGCUCAUCAAACGGUAUCGUCGAAUCGAUUUUGGCUGCUCACCCUGCCCAUAAAGAGAUGUUUGUAUGAAAACAAGGCCUUGUGGCUGACCGUUUUUUUACGAAGAAUUGUUACGAGAGAGAGAGAGAGAGAGAGAGAGAAACAGCGCGAAAGUAUCUGUGUUUGUGUGGUUGGUGAGGCAACAAAGCGGGGCCCACCUCCCCACGAGUGACGAAGAACACGUUCCACACGCCACAACCCAAUCGGCAACCAGCGCGUACAAUUCUGGCCAGCGUCAGUACGACACUUGCUGCAGCGGAAUCCAAAUCUACCACCAAGGGUGGUGUCCGAAUCAUUGUAAGCGCGCCAUCAUCGAAGCUUAUAACUGCGUAGUUUUAUUGCACCCGGCAAACCGACACGUCCGUGUGCGACUAAUAAGCGGACGGCAACCGGCAGCGAAUAAUCAACACAGCGCCACAACGGGCAUCGGAUCUUCCGGCAAGGGUGUGGUGUAAGCGUGCUUGACUUUAUUAAAGCCAAUUGGGGAGAUCACGUUACAUUCUUGGUGAGCAGCGGUGCAACAAGUAGGCGAACGUCUUCGAGAGGACUGGUCGCCGAUAGAACCGUAUCUGUCGGCGACUGUGCUUGGAAGUGAUCGGGACGAAAACGCGCCAGUAUCACAUCUGUCGUUCGGAACAUUAAUAAGUGAAUAGACAGUCGGAGAGAGCAGAUUAAUCUGUGCGAUAUUGUUGAUCGGAUCAGGAACACCUCCUGCCAAAGCAAGUGAUCAUACAGCAGCCCCUUUAGACCUCGGAAGAUUUCUUGUGUACUGUAAAAUCGCCAACAAAAUACAGUAAUCCCCUUUUAGUGCCAAAGAGGACACAGAGGUUAUACACUACACCGGAAAGCGAUCCUCGCGAGCGAAUCAACCACCGGUACCACCCUCUCAUCGCAACAUCGCUCACACUAGCGCCCCCACCCGUACACUGCGCACGCGAUCGUAAGCGGGUAGUGCAUUAAAUCUGGGGCAACGCAGGCGGUUCCCAUGCUAAACUACCGCCUCGUGUCAACGCACUUCCUGAAGCAGCCAUAGAUUUCGCGGCCCAUCACCGCACCGGCACGGCGGGGACCCCCAGCAAGGUCGUAAAAAUGUGCAGAGAUCGGGAUAUGCCACUUCGAUGAACUAGAGCACCAACAGUGUUGUACUCUAUUGUGUCGCCGUCUGCCAUCACAUUACUUGCAACGUAGCAGAAAACGCGAGUGAUAGGAAAAUAGUGCAUAAGGGCUACGACAGAGAGAGAGAGCGAGAGCGAGAGAGUGUGUGAGAAAGAGCGAGAGUGUGUGCGUGUGAGUGCGUGUGAGUGAGUGUGAGAGAAGCGAAAGUAGGGGGUGAAAGUAGCGCCACUAUAGCAUUGCAUUAGUACUACGUUAAGCUUCAUACUACUACUUCCUUUACUAUUGCUACUACACGGCUGCGCCACAUAUUGCUACUGCUUCUCCGCAUACGCUGUGUGCGAUCGGCGCUUACCGGCGUGCGCUAGUGUGCGUGUGUGUGUGUGUGGUAGUGGAAGCGGUUAGCGAUCCUUCGAAACCGGGACCGCGGUCCUAGUAGAUUGAUGCCAUCAGAGGGAUUCACAUCCUUCCCGUGUACCACUGCGCGUCUCGACGAAGCAUCUUGUGGCCCGCCGGUGCUCUUAAGCAACGUUGCGUGAUUCUUUCGCAUCGCAUCAUCCGCGUGCAUAUCUGCUCAGAAAGCUACUUGGUGCCACACCGCCGAAUCACCUCCCACGGCUUAUCGUGUGUUGUGAUUGUGAAAAACGCGCGCGCGUGUGCUCUUGCAUCCAGCACAGUUUAUUCGCAAGUGUUCCUUACCUAUUUGUUUGUCCGCGCAAACCGAAACGUACUACCGGAAGCCCAACACAAUAACACCGCCAACCAGCAGCAGCAGCAGCAGCGACUACAAACCGCUGUCGCUUUGGCCGCCGUGAAGCCGCGAAGAUUCCACCCAAAAUUGAAGCAUUUGCCAAAAACUGCUGGGAAACUGUAACCGCUUGCGUGUGCGGCAUGCGUCGCCCAUCACUGGGACAGAAUGAAGACGACCUUAGUCGUCUGACAACGAUUAUCUCCCCGACCAGUAUCAGCCUUUCAUCGAACGGUCAGUCUGAUCCGGUGGUGGUAGUGGAUCACCAGGAUGUCGUCAGCUGCGGUCGAGCGAAAGCGAACAGCAGCAGCAGCAGCAGCAGCAGUAGCAGCAGUAGCAGCAGCAGCAGCACUAGCAUCAGCAAUGGCGCCAACAACACGACUAGCAACAGCAGCAGCAAUUGCCCGGCAAGCAACAACAGUGUCGGUGGCGCUGGCAGUGUUGAUGGUAGCAGCGCAAGUCGUAAGGGAAGCAAGAGCAGCAGCAGUAGCAGCAACAGCAUCAACAGCACCAGUAGCAGCAGUGAUGGAGUGAAGGUGAGCGGUGGUAUUCAAAGCAUCAGCAGCGAUGAUGUCGGUGUGGGUGGUGGUGAUGGUGGAGAGGAGCAAUCCGGCACUCUGCUGCCACCACCACCACCGAUGGUGUUGGUCAACCAGUAUCUGCCGAAUCUGAUCAAUUCGUCCGAGUGGCAGAAUUGCCGCAAGCGUAAGGAACGGCAGGACAGCACAUCCUCCAUCAGCCAGGACCGGAAGCUGAUCCGCUCGAACAGUGAGGAACAUCUGCCCAACUGUCAGGAGGUGAUCAGGCGUGUGUCGUCGCACGAAGACUUCAAAAAGCGAACACCGGGCGUGGUGUCGGUGGAGAUCUCGAUCGACAAGGAGAACAUUAUCGCCGAGGAGACGAUCGAGGGCGUAGAUGAGGAACGUGGCCAGCAGCAGCAGCAGGUGUUUGAGAAGAACCUGAAGAACAGUGCGGAUGAUUUGAAGAAAUUUUUCAUUGGAAGUGUGGAGAGUGUCGGGAACGGUGGGGUAGGUGGGAAGGAUCACCAUCAUCAUUCCCAUCACCAUCAUCAUCACCAUCCCCAUCAUCAUGGUAACCAUCUGUACCAUCAUCUAGGCGGACAUCAUCAUCUGCACCAUGCCGGGAACAAGUCACAGCAGCCCCACCAUCGGCUGUCUCCAUGUCGUGAUAUACUGAAGUCCCGGCGUGACUCGGACAGUGAGCAGGAUGGUGAACACGAACGGCGUCGGCACUGUGAGCGUUUCUCGAAGACACGUCCACCGCCGGGUCGUAAAUCCGUAUCGCCUCGAGCCCGCAACAGCUCGAAGCACACGAAGCUCGCAAUGAAGGCGGCCACUGGCGGUGGUACGGUGUUGCUCGCUGGUAAUGAACAUUUCUACUCCAAGCACGAUACCCAUCCGAGCGGCGGUGGUAAAUCAGAACGGCGAGUCCGAUCGUCCAGUAAGCAUCGCGAGCAGCAGCAGCUGCAGCAGACCACAAUGCAGGAUGACGCUAUGAUGGGUGACGGUGCGAUGCCCAUGUCCGAUUACAACGAUAACAACGUGCUCGAGAAGAACCAAGCGGUGGAGGAAGUGUCCAACCUGAUUGACGAUGAGGAGGAGUCGCAGGUGCUGCAGCAAGAGGAAGCACAAGAACCGCUUUCUCCACGCGAAAAGCUCCCCUGGGGCCAAACCUACCCGGACGAUACACCGGCCCUGGUCUGUCAGCGGUUUGCCGAUGAUAAAUUCGAUCACGCCAAACGGAUGGAUUCGGUGUCGCACGCCAAACUGCGCCCGGUCGCGUCCGGCAGCUCGCUGAAGCUGUACGGUGCACAUCAUCGAAGUGCGGAAAAUGCACCAUCAUCCGCGAUGCACCAUCAUCAUCAUCAGAAGUCAGGCACGCCGCCCGCCGCCAACAAUAUGUUUGACGAGCGCGUAAAGGCGAUCAAUCGGAAGCUCGGUGCGCUGAAGAAGAAGCUCACACAGUUCGAGGAUCGGUUCGAGCUAGAGCACGGUUGCCGCCCGACGCACGGUGACAAAUCGGCCGAUCCACCCACCAAGAGCAUCCUGGUGGAGAUACACAAGCUGCGCAAGGAGAAAAAUCAGAUCAAGGCAGAUCUGGCAGUAUUUUCGGCGAAAGUAUCAGUGUCAGCGGGCCAGAAGCUGUCCGGUGGCAAUGUGAACGAUGACAUGGUGGAGGAAAAACGAUUGGCCAAGAUGAAAGAUACGAUUGCGGACAUUGAAAAGCGCCUCACGGAGAAACGAGACACGGAGCAACGAAGUGAAAAUCUGGAGGUGCUGUCGAACGAGCAGCUCACGGAGGAGAAAGCCUCCGUCCAGCGUGCUCUGCUGUAUCUGGAGUCAAUGUACGGUCGACCGGCGAGCCGCGAUGAGCGAGACGCGGCCCGGCCCCUGUACGACCGCUACCGGCUAAUCAAACGGCUGGUGAACCGUGCCAACUCGAUCAGUGGCCCGUGCGGUGUGGCCAACUCGCAGAUGCCAACCAUUCUCGAGCACGAAGCGCUCGCCAUCGUCGGCACAACGACACCGUCCACCGAUAUUUCACCACCGUCGGCCACCUCCAUGAUCCAAUCGCCUGCAGACACAACCACCACCAGCAGCACCACCACCGGUCAGCUGUCGACGGACGAGUCCGAAGGUACGGCCACAACGACGACAAACACCACCACGACGAGCAGUUCCGCGACGGAAAACAUCCACUCGAUGACACCGGAUGAGCUGUGGCAGCAUUACGAUGCGACGCGCGAAGAGAAGAAAGAGCUGCGCCGCACGAUCAAAGACUUUGAGCAACAGUUCGAGGAAACGACCGGGCGCAAAAUGUUGAAAUCGGAUCGCAAAUCGAUCGAAGAUACGUACGCUCUCUACAAGCAGAAGAAGGCCAAACUGCGACUGAUCGAUGCGCUCUUCAAGAAGCAAAUGCAUGCCUAACUCGACCGGCGGGUGAUACGUUGCUGCUGGAAGUCGCUGUGAAGGCGUUUUAAAAAGGGAUUGAAAAGAUUUUGUAUUAUUGUUCUGUAAGUCAAUAUAAACGGACAAAGACAUGGUA